AAGCGCAACUCUCAAACACAUAUUAAAGAUUGUCAGAAAGUUUAAAAGAAUAACAACCCUCUCCCAUUCACACACAUACACACACAUCCACGCACACACGCACAAUGAUGAACAGUAAUAGCUGCAGAAAUCUUAUCAUCACCUGUCACAACUAUAGAAGCACUAACAUUAUACUUCAAACGUUAGACAAGUACAGUAACGGUGUUACGAACAAAGAAUAUUAACAGCAGCCUUGACCAGAACUACAGCGGUGACUACAAUUACAGCAACACCAAUAAUUACUGCAGAGCAGAGAUAACAAUUACAUAACACACACACAUACACACACAACAAGAUCUGCACUACCAAGAACAAGAGGUCCGUUAAGUGGUCAUUUGACUUGCUAGAAACAAUAGCCAAAUAUCUCUCCCUCUCUCCCCCUACCUACCUACCUACCUACCUACUUACCGUCUACACAAUCUAUUAUGUCGUCCCAAGAUACACUGUGAAUAAAUGACGAUGAUGAGUACAACUGGUGCAUCCUUGAUCAUCGGUUCAUCAUAGGUUCGCUCGCUGUGGACUAACCAAGGGUUAAAUAGUAACAAAAACAUCUAUAGAAGAGUACUUGAACAAGAAUUGUCUCAAGAAAACAUUCUUGUUCAUCCAGCUGUACAACACUUUACGUCAGCCAAAGUAGUUCCAUGUAAUUAAGAGGAGGUGUAUCAAAAGAAACAAAAUGGCGGAUCAAACUAAUUUGGCCUUACAUCUCAGGAAGGAUGUUCGUUUAUGCCAUGCUUUGUUCAUUGGAAUUACUUCUUCUUUGGCAGCGUUCUUCGGUGCUGUAUCUGCAAUAUUGAUUGCACAGUUGUCUUAUUAUCGAAAGGAACCGGAAAUUGGAGCCCACUGGGUAGCAGGCCUUUUAUUCGUAUCUCCAGGAAUUACAGGACUCAUAUUAGCUUACAAGCAGCGAGUUCUAACGUUAACAAGCCAUAUUGGAGUUUCUGCAGUGUCUUUUGUUCUGGGUUGCUUUUCGACAUAUUAUUCUGUCAUGGUAAUUUAUCAAACCAGCUGCAAGCCUUACCCCAGCUUUGGAGAGUGUCAUAAGUAUUCACUUAUGAUCAUAUGUCUGACUACUUUAAUAGGAAGUGCCUGUUUGUGUGGUUUAAGUACAGUCUUCUCAAUUUUCGCUUAUAGAAAAGUCUACGUACCAAAUAUCUUUCAGAAAAUGAACGAGGAGUUGAAACUCAGCAAAGGUACUGAAGAAGAAGAGCCAAAAACGCAAAAGAAGAAAGUAAGAAAUUUAUCCAAUGGUCAGGAAAAUAUCGCAAUGGAUAUAAACCGCCCUGACCAGACAUCAGUUCAGAAAGAAGAAACAGUCAGUCAUUUAUAAAACUCUAUCUUGACACGGUUUAUACAUGAAA